CGCACGCAGCCACCGCGGGGCGGGCCUGCCUGCCAGCGUCGCGCGGGGCCGGGCCGGGUCACGUCGCGCAGCGCCGGCAGCUGCAUCGGAGGCACGGGGGAUGGACACGGUGUCCCGGAGCGGCGAGCAGCGACGGGCAGUUCAGAUUGCAGCCUCUGUCUAAUUAUCGAGAAGCCUCUGGAUCAACUUCAACAAGACAGACGUUGAAUGUUUAGCAUCCUGUUUGGAUUUUUGAAUGUGAAUUGGAACACUGUAUUUCUAGGUUUGCUGGGAUGGGUAAUCUUCUUAAGGUCCUUACCAGGGAAAUUGAAAACUAUCCACAUUUUUUCCUGGAUUUUGAAAAUGCACAGCCCACAGACGGAGAGAGGGAGGUAUGGAAUCAGAUCAGUGCUGUUUUACAGGACUCGGAAAGUAUGCUUGCAGACCUUCAGGCUUACAAAGGAGCUGGACAAGAAAUUAGAGAUGCAAUACAAAAUCCUAAUGAUAUCCAGUUGCAAGAAAAAGCAUGGAAUUCAGUCUGCCCUCUGGUUGUAAGGCUGAAGCGCUUUUAUGAGUUUUCACUCAGAUUAGAGAAAGCCCUGCAGAGCUUAUUGGAAUCCUUGACAUGCCCACCUUAUACUCCAACUCAGCACCUGGAGCGAGAACAGGCUCUAGCAAAAGAGUUCGCAGAAAUCUUACAUUUUACUCUUCGUUUUGAUGAACUUAAGAUGAGAAACCCAGCAAUUCAGAAUGACUUCAGCUAUUAUAGGCGGACAAUAAGUCGUAAUAGAAUAAACAACAUGCAUCUAGACAUUGAGAAUGAAGUGAACAAUGAAAUGGCCAAUAGGAUGUCCCUGUUCUAUGCAGAAGCCACACCAAUGCUGAAAACUCUCAGUAAUGCAACUACGCAUUUUGUAUCAGAAAACAAAACGUUACCAAUUGAAAAUACGACGGACUGUCUAAGUACUAUGGCCAGUGUAUGUAAAGUCAUGUUGGAAACACCAGAGUACAGAAGUAGGUUCACCAGUGAAGAGACUCUCAUGUUCUGCAUGCGAGUAAUGGUGGGAGUUAUUAUUCUGUAUGAUCAUGUUCAUCCUGUGGGAGCUUUCUCAAAGACAUCAAAGAUUGAUAUGAAGGGAUGCAUAAAAGUUUUAAAAGAACAACCACCUGACACUGUGGAAGGACUUCUGAAUGCUCUCAGGUUCACUACAAAACACCUGAACGAUGAAUCUACUUCAAAACAAAUUCGAGCUAUGCUGCAGUAGGAUUCAGAGACGAGUAGAAGUUUGUAUUGAUCACAGAAGAUGUGUAUGUUUACAUAAUUUAAUACAGUUUGAUGUUAAUACUUGUGUGUAUUUACAUAACCAUUUUCUUCACAUUGCCAAAAUAUAUGAAUCUGUUUAUAACCUGACUGACUUUAUAUAGUGCAGCCUAAGUUUUUAUGCUAGCCUUUAUCUUUUAAAAAUCCUUUUUUACUUAGAUACUUCAGCUACAAUUUUUCUGUGCAUUUUAAUCCUUAAACACCUUCUCUAAUAGAGAAGUAAGUAGUAGUAAAGACAUAAUGGAAGUAAACUGAAACGUCAAAGAUACUACAGAAAAGAAACUUUAAAGGAGAAAGUUCAUAUAAGAGAAAGUAAAAUUCAUUGGGUAUGUUUUGAGAACGUGUGCACAGUUUUUCAGUUAGUUUUAGGAUCUACUCAAACUUGUGUGAAUAGAAUACCUUAAUGUUCAUUACUGUCAUAAAAUACAUUGUCUUUCCUGUAAUAAGUGGAGCUCCACCUAAUUUUUAAGGAUUAUGUGGUGACUGACACCCAAAAAUAUAUUGCAAAGAGGUAAUUUUUCAUUUUUAUUAAGUGUAACCUGUACCUUUCAUCAGUUGAGGAAAUUAAUAUCCUUUUUCAGAUUCGGUCUAAAUUAACAGUUUUUAAGACCAUUGCUAGAUUUUGAAAAAUCUCUAAGAUUAUAUUAGAUUUAGAAAGGAAAGAUAAAAUACUAAUGCUUUGACUUAACUAGAAGGGGUUUGUCAGUGUAAAUAUAUCAUGAUGAACAUUAUCUCUCAGACAGCUAUACCCAGUAAGUAAUUUUUUUGCUGAUAUAAGCCAGUCUAAAGCAGAACUCUCUUCUGUAGCAGCAAACUUCCCUACUGUCAAAUUAGCCUCAUCAAACUAGAGUUGAUAUAAUUAAGACCUGAGCUGUUCUUAGGCACUCCAUCAAGUUCCUUGAUAGUAUUAUUCAUUAGGUGAUUCAGAAUCAACACAGAAAUAUAUAUCAGCUGACUGCUCUUCAUUGGUUUUUGAGAUGUGAUUAAUGCUUCAAGGAGUUUUGUUCCUUGCUGAGUUGUUUGUUCUUACUUUCAAGUAAUUUUUUCACUAAAUGGAAAUAUAAAUACUUUGCCAAAAACAGUAAAGUGCUCAUGCUCUGUUAAGUGUGUCUUCUGGGUGGUCAGCAGUUGCUGUACAUAUUCUUGCAAAGGUCAUGUUCUGAAAAUGUGUUCAAUUUUGUGUAUUUUGCUUGCAUGUAUGUGUGAAAAUUCCAAUGCUGUGCACAGACUCAGAUUUGUAUUUGCUAAUUCCUGUGUAUGUGAAUCAGGGUUUGUGUGCCUCCAUUAGGAUUUUCACGCAUAUCACUUGUGAAAACAUUACCUUAAGACUUUGAAGAUACAUUUGGUUGCUGAAACUUGGCUGUGACACAUUGAGUCAUUGAACUCAUUUCUUAAGCAGUAGUAAUAUCAUAAAUUCUUUGGAGUAGGGAUUACCUUAAUUUCUGAGCAGGCCAACCACUAUGAGGUUCCCCAAGCCUGAUCAGAACCCACAGAUGCCAAAAUUGUACACAAGUGUUGUGAUACUGGACAGCACCACAACUCCAGCUUUCAUGCCACACAUCUGCAGUUGUAGCUGCGGUUUGCUAUGUUGUUGUCAGGAAGUUAGAAAUCACACUAGGGGGUUAUUUUGGUUUUCUGGAAGCAGGAAUCACUGCUUAUUCACAGUAGUAAAUUCACUGUUUACAAGGAGAGACACCUAAAAAUAUAUGUAAGGGAAGGUCCUGCUUUGCUCAUAGUCACUUCCAGUUAGGUAAUCUAGGUGGAUGACAGGUCAUUCUGGUAACUGAAGUUAAUACAUGCUUACUUGCGAUUCUUUGUCAAACAAUGAAGUCUUAUCUUUAAGUAGCCCAGAGGAAAGCUAUUUGUCACUUGUAUAAUAAAAAUGUGAACCUUAAAGUAUUCUGUGCGUUGUCAUGUGCUGUUUGCUGAAGUCACUGAAUUUCUUU